AUGUGUCAUUUAAUUAAAAAGACUCAAGGAGAAGCACGUGACUUGCUUAAGACUUGUCCCAUAACAAACGAUGGGUUCGAAAUGGCUUGGCAAAACUUGGUGAAUAGGUAUGAAAAUAAACGCAUCCUUAUCAAUGCUCAGCUAAAGACACUUUUUAAUAUAUCCCCCAUUUCUAAGGAGACUAGUAACAAUAUUCGAAGCAUUCAACGCACCAUUAAUGACUGCGUUACAAAUCUCUCUCUUCUACAAAUUGACACUGACAACUGGGACAUAAUAUUUAUUUACAUUUGUUCAACGUGCUUACCCGAAGUUACCCUCAGUUUAUGGGAACAAUCGCUACCUAACAGCAAAGAUUUACCAACGUGGAAGCAAAUGGACGCCUUUUUAACUUCAAGGUUCCAGACUCUGGAGUCUGUAGCAGAUAUUCGUACCACAUUUUCCACACCUAAUCAGUCAGACAACUUCCGUCCCCUGAAUUCAAGAAAUACAGGUCAGAAAAAACUUAAAAGUUAUCGCACUAGCAUUUCUAACAAUAAAAACGACAAAUGUUCAAUAUGUUCUGAUGUACAUCCGCUAAGAUUGUGCCCUUCAUUUCUCAGAAUGUCCAUUGAGGAACGUUAUUCAGUAGUAGAGAGUCAAGGGCGGUGUACGAAUUGCUUAGGAAAUUCGCAUGAUUUUAAGAAAUGUCGUAGUCAAUAUCUAUGCCAAUUAUGUAGAAAGAAACACCAUUCUUUACUACAUCGAACAGAGAAUACAUCGAAUGCAGUCCAAGUCUCCACCCAUGUACCUAACCCCCCGCAGAUUGCUGAACCUGUAGCUUCGGCCCCGAAUACUCACAACGAUACACAUGUUGUUAACCCCCGACAAACUUCAACUAUAACCACAACCCCCUCUACUUCUGCCGAAUCUGCGUUAAGGAUGACGCAAUCAUUCUCGACACAGAUACAGUCCACUCUUAGCUCGAAAGUUUUACUCGGUACUGCCCUUGUAGAUAUUUACUCAAACGACCUUAAAUAUACUGUUAGGGCCUUAAUUGAUUCGGCUUCAGAGGCAACAUUUAUCUCAAAGAAGCUCCAAAAUAAGCUCUCACUGACAACCCGGCAGUCACAAACCGAAAUCCAUGGUUUGAAUGAUGCCUUAACUGCAACCUCAACUCAACUUUGUCACAUACGUAUCGGCUCACCCAUUGAUAGUUCAUUUGAAACCUAUACAGAUGCUUUUGUCGUCAAAAAACUCACGGGACAGCUCCCUUAUUACCCAAUAUCAGCUCUUAAAGAAUUUGAAGGUUUAAGAAUGGCUGACACGUUUUCACAUAGGUGCUCGGAUAUUGAUCUGCUUAUCGGAGGUGACGUUUAUCCCAAGGUCAUAAAGGAUGGCUUGCGAUGGGAUAGCAAUAGGGCUUUAGUCGCUCAACAAACAGUGUUUGGAUGGAUUAUUACUGGCAAAAUUGCCACUGGAAACUGUACUCCUUCUGUUUCAGCAUUUUUUAAUGAAAUUGCCUUAAAUAAUCAGAUUCAAAAGUUCUGGGAACUGGAGGAAGUCCCAAAGAGGACUAAACUUUCUGACGACGAUCGUCACUGUGAAGAGGUGUACAAUUCUACAACUUACCGUACACAAAGUGGACGAUUCGUGGUUAAACUUCCAUUUCGUCGAGAAUAUCCUCACACCAUAAACAUUGGCUCCUCUCGCAACAUUGCCUUGUCUCAGUUUCUUCGGAAUGAAUCACGACUGUUAAAAAACCCAACCCAGAAAACUGCAUAUGAUCGUGUUAUUUCCGAGUACGCAUUACUUAAUCAAAUGACAAAGGUUACAUCAUCGAGUACCAACAGUGUCUAUUAUUUACCCCACCAUGCAGUUCUGAAACCCGAUAGUACUACGACAAAAUUACGCGUAGUAUUCAACGCUUCCAGUCCAUCAUCAAACGGUUAUAGUCUAAAUGACAUACUCUACCCUGGCCCUGUUCUGCAAUCAGAUCUAACGAUUCUUAUGCUUCGUUGGAGACUUUUCCGAUACGUUUUUAAUGCCGAUAUCGAGAAGAUGUAUCGGCAGAUACUAGUGGAUUCUUCUCAAACCCCUUUUCAGCGAAUAAUUUUCCGUGAUUCGCCUCAGAAAGACCCACAGGAUUUUGAACUUAACACAGUAACAUUUGGUGUGAACUGUGCCCCCUACCUCGCUAUCCGCACUCUGCUUGAAUUGGCCAGACUAUGUGAAGCAACAAAUCCUGUUGCCUCAGAAAUCCUCCGUAACCAUAUGUACGUAGAUGACGUACUAGCCGGUGCCCAUACCAUCUCUUCAGCUCUAAAAGCGAGAGACGAACUUACAAUGGUCCUUCAGUCAGCCGGUUUCUCACUCCGCAAAUGGACGGCAAAUAAUGACUAUUUACUAAAAGACCUGUCCCCCGACCAUUUAUUAGGUACAGAGUUCCUUAAACUUUCAGACUCUAGUACAACCAAAACUUUAGGUUUACGUUGGAACGCAGGAAGAGAUGUUUUCUAUUUUCGGCUGAAAAAUCCCCCAAAUCGAAACUCGACCACUAAAAGAUCAGUUUUAUCCGAAAUCGCUAAACUUUUCGAUCCCGCUGGUUGGCUUGCCCCAAAAAUAAUAGUCGCAAAAAUUAUAAUGCAGCAAAUUUGGAAGGAUGAAACUGAUUGGGAUGAAAAACUGAAACCAUCAACUCUACAUCAGUGGCUGGAUUUCUUAGAAGACUACGAGAGUAUCGAACAAAUAAAGAUUCCCCGAUUCGUCGAUUUUGACCCAACAUUCUCAAUCGAGUUGCACGGCUUCUGUGAUGCGUCAGAGAAAGCGUAUGCUGCAACUCUAUACAUACGCGCAGAGAAUUCAGGUUGGAUUUCCUCUCACCUUCUCGUUGCCAAGACUAAAGUCGCACCCGUUAAAUUUGUGUCAUUACCUCGCAAGGAACUCUGUGGAGCAGAGUUAAUGGCCACAAUGAUUGAAUCCAUUCAGUCCCAACUCAACCUCAGGGACUACAAACUAUUUCUAUGGACCGAUUCAACGAUCGUCUUGGCCUGGCUGCAAAAACCCCCGAACAGGUGGAAAACCUUCGUCGAAAAUCGAGUUUCGUCCAUUAUCGAAAAGGUCGGAAACAAGUUCUGGUCUCAUGUUGAUUCUAAGAAUAACCCCGCUGACCUGGCAUCCCGUGGACUCACCGUGUCUCAGCUUAUGAACAAUGAUUUAUGGUGGCAUGGGCCCUCAUGGCUUAGACUUCCACAGAAUCAGUGGCCAAAGCCGCCAUCUUCUUGUUUUACCACCGACGAAGAAGCAAAGCCUAUUCAAGUUUAUAAACGAAUACCGAACUUACCCGAACAGAACUUGAACAUGCAAAAUCCCGUAUGA